GCGGACUGCGCUGCGCUGUCAGAAACAUUAGGAAAUUCGCAUUUACGUCUAAUUAGAAGCAAAAUGAAGCUGAGUGUAGACGGCCUCCUCGUCUACUUUCCGUACGAGUACAUCUACCCGGAACAAUAUGCGUACAUGCUGGAGUUAAAGCGAAGUCUGGACGCUAAGGGCCACUGUCUGUUGGAAAUGCCCUCGGGAACGGGAAAGACGGCCACGCUGCUCUCCCUUAUUGUAGCCUACAUGGUGGAAUACCCGGAGACGGUGCGGAAACUUAUAUACUGCUCUCGCACAGUGCCGGAGAUCGAAAAGGUCAUAGCCGAGUUGCAAAAUCUAAUGGUUUACUACGAGCGGCAUUGUCCGACCCCGCCACCCUUUACUGGCCUGGUACUUAGUUCACGCAAAAACAUGUGCAUCCACCCGGAGGUCAGCAAAGAACGUGAAGGAAAGGCUGUGGAUGGAAAGUGCUACGGACUCACUGCCAGCUACAUACGUGAUCGGCAUGAGAUGGAUUCUGAGACCCCUAUAUGUCAGUAUUAUGAAGGCUUUACUCUUGAGGGAAAAGAGUCCACCUUGCCCGUGGGCGUGUACAGCAUCGACGAUCUCAAGGAAUACGGGCGCUCCCGUAACUGGUGUCCCUAUUUCCUCGCCCGCUAUGCUAUUGCCCAUGCCCAAAUCGUGGUAUACAGUUAUCACUACCUUUUGGAUCCAAAGAUAGCCCAGGUAGUAUCCAAAGAGAUGACUCGCGAGUCCUGUGUCGUUUUUGAUGAGGCCCACAACAUCGACAACGUCUGCAUCGACUCGAUGAGUGUGAAGAUCAACAGAAGAACUGUAGAGCGCAGCACAAACGCCCUUAACCAGCUGACAAAACUCGUACAGGAUAUUCGUGAAGAAGACACUAAUCGCCUGAACGAGGAGUAUCAGCGCAUGGUCCAGGGAUUGAAAGACGCCAGCGUGCAGCGAGAAACGGAUAUGAUUCUGGCCAAUCCCGUGCUUCCUAACGAUGUACUUACCGAAGUAGUCCCCGGAAAUAUUAGAAACGCUGAUCAUUUCCUUAGCUUCCUACGCCGGUUCAUUGAGUACAUAAAGACACGACUGCGUGUCCAUCAUGUAGUACAGGAAUCCCCGGCUGGAUUUCUUAAAGACAUAUCUUCCAAAAUCUGCAUUGAAAGAAAACCCCUACGUUUUUGUGCAGAGCGAUUAUCGAGUUUGCUGCGCACUCUAGAGAUCAGUGACAUGACUGAGUAUGGAGCUCUCACAUUGAUCACACAUUUUGCCACCUUAGUGUCAACGUACACCAAAGGUUUUACCAUUAUCAUAGAUCUGGAUGACAAGACGCCCACUGUAUCCAAUCCUAUUUUGCACUUUAGUUGCCUGGACUCUUCCAUUGCCAUGGCGCCUGUUUUUUCGAGAUUCCAGACUGUGGUUAUCACCUCGGGUACCCUUUCGCCCAUGGAUAUGUACCCGAAAAUCCUAGACUUUGAUCCUGUAGUGAUGAGCAGCUUUACUAUGACUCUUGCUCGUCCUUGCCUUCUUCCAAUGAUUGUAUCUAAAGGCAAUGACCAAGUGACCAUUUCCUCAAAAUUUGAGACCAGAGAAGAUACUGCAGUCAUUCGCAACUAUGGUCAGCUGCUGGUAGAGGUAGCCAAAACAGUGCCAGACGGCAUUGUGUGCUUUUUCACAUCCUACCUGUAUCUAGAGUCCGUGGUGGCUUCUUGGUACGACCAGGGCAUCGUUGACACAUUACUGCGCUACAAGCUACUCUUCAUCGAGACCCAGGACAAUGCCGAGACCAGCUACGCCCUCAUGAACUAUGUUAAGGCCUGCGAUUGUGGUCGCGGUGCAGUAUUGCUGGCUGUGGCGCGUGGCAAGGUCUCGGAGGGUGUGGAUUUCGACCAUCAUUAUGGUCGCGCGGUGCUCAUGUUCGGCAUCCCCUACGUGUACACGCAGUCCCGCAUUCUCAAGGCCCGGCUGGACUACUUGCGCGAUCAGUUUCAGAUACGUGAGAACGACUUUCUGACCUUUGAUGCUAUGCGCCAUGCCGCCCAGUGCGUGGGUCGAGCGCUGCGUGGAAAAACUGAUUACGGCAUCAUGAUAUUCGCGGACAAGCGUUUCUCGCGCCAGGACAAGCGAUCCCGUCUGCCCAAGUGGAUCCAGGAGCACCUGGUCGACAGCUUCUGCAAUUUGAGUACUGAGGAGGCCGUGCAGCUGGCACGUCGCUGGUUGAGGCGCAUGGCGCAACCCUUCACUCGUGAAGAUCAAUUGGGAAUCUCCCUGCUGACGCUGGCCCAGCUGGAGAACAUGGAGCAGGAGAAGCUGGAGAGGCAAGCGCAGGGAAAGCAGGGCGUGGGUGGCGAGGUGCAGGAGCUGUAAGCCAACCGGAUCUUUGUCCGACUCCUUCCGGGAAUAAUUCAAGUUGCUGAGCGUCAGCUAAUGGCAUUGAAUGUCAUUAAAAGCGGAGCACAAUGUCGGUGCUGGAAAAUUUAAAAGUUAAAUCGUUUGGGCUGCCAUGCAAAUCGGACGUAAAUGUCCAAUUAAUGGCUAAUUAAUAUUAUUUAUAAUUUCGCGGGCAUGACUAACAGAUCGCUCAAGGCAGCGAAAGGGCGCAAGCGCAGAGCCAGCUUGCCGUUGAAAACGUAAACGUGUAUUGGUUAAGCCGCGACUUAAGUAAACUUUGUAAACUAUAAUGGUUGCUAUUGCAAUAAGUAUGUAGUUACACAUUGAGAUAAUGAUCUGAGAAAAUAGAAUGUCCUAUUUUCGA